AAUCGAACUAGUUUAUUGGAUUAUUGGACUGUUCCAAUUGUUACUGCUUCCAGAUAUAGGCUGGACCGUUCAAGUGCCCAAGUGCCAAUUGGAAUUGUUGUAAAAGAACCAACAAUAACUGAAGUACAAGAGGAACUUCCAAAAGAAAACAUUCUUGUAACUAAGAAGAAUGAUGAAACUGAUGACAAGCUAAAAUCCCUCUACAUCCAAGAAGAGGUAGAAAAUCAACUUUCGCUCAAUAAAGCUCCAAGAGAUGAGCUAACAAUGGAGGAUCAAGCUCGAACCUUUGCUUUACAAAAGUCUGAUACAAAUGAGAAAGAGAAUACUCCGCCUAAUAUAAAUGAUGAAGGCUUUAUCACGCCAUUUGAAUCAAUCUGGACUGACAAAACUGCAAUACUAGCUGGCAGAAGAGAUCUAAAACUUCAAAACCCACAAACCUCUCAUGAAGGAAGGGUAAUUACAGCAGACAUCUUAUAUAAAAAGCAUCUCUUCAAGAUCACAAAUGUCUAUGCUUCACCGAACAUGAAAGACAUGACAACUUUCUUUAAAAAUUGGAUUCCUUCUUUUGAUGAAGACAAGAUAAACAUUAUUGCAGGAGAUUUUAAUACAAAUCUAGACCCAACCAUAAACAGAAUAAGCCAAGCCAAUGCACAAAAUGACUCAUCAAGAUUAAAACUUAAAAGGCUAUUAAACAACUUCCUGGACUCUGCAUCUCUUUUGGAGAAAAAACCUUUUCUUACAUUCUACCAGAAUACAAGAAAUAAUCAGUCGAUGGCUAUAUGUCUAGACUAUAUUUUUAUAGAUGAGAACUAUGAUUUUUUAACAGAAACUCAGACCACCUACUAG